AUGAAACAGGUGGAGCAGUCAGCAGACAGGAAAGUGUCAGCAACACAGAAGGAGAAACUAUAUGAGUCAGGGAAGAGUCGACGUGUAUCUCUUGUUUUGUCUCUGCAGGACUGCCCUCAGAUCCUCCCCUCAACCCAGAUCUACAUCCCCGUCGGGGUGACAAAGCCUAUCACCUUGGCCGCCAAGAACCUGCCCCAGCCGCAGUCAGGACAGAGGAACUACGAGUGUGUCUUCCACAUCCAGGGAGAGACCCACAGUGUGCCCGCCCUGCGCUUCAACAGCACCUCCAUACAGUGCCAGAAAACAGCGUAUACCUAUGAGGGCAAUGACAUCAGUGACCUACCUGUGGAUUUGUCCGUGGUUUGGAAUGGGAACUUUGUCAUCGACAAUCCCUACAACAUCCAAGCCCACCUGUAUAAAUGCUAUGCGCUGAGGGACAGCUGUGGGAUGUGUCUGAAGGCAAACCCCAGGUUCGAGUGUGGCUGGUGCGUACAGGAGAAGAAGUGCUCCCUGAGGCAGGAGUGCACUCCUCCAGAGACCACAUGGAUGCACGCCACCACAGGAAACAGUCGCUGUGCACAUCCCAAGAUCACCAAGUUGUUUCCAGAGACGGGGCCCAGGCAGGGAGGAACCAUGCUGACCAUCACAGGGGAGAACCUGGGUCUGCAGUUUAAAGACAUCCAGAGUGGAGUCCGCAUCGGCAAGGUGGCCUGCAACCCUCAGGAGGACCAGUACAUCAGUGCUGAGCAGAUUGUUUGCCGGCUGAACGAUGCCACAGGUUACAGGGUGCAGGACGCUCAGGUAGAAGUGUGCGUCAGGGACUGCAUUCACCCGGACUACAAAGCAGUGUCCACCAAGGCCUUCACCUUUGUGUCUCCAUACUUUACCCUUGUAUCCCCUUCCACUGGGCCACUGUCUGGAGGAACAAGAAUCACCAUUAAUGGCAGUAAUCUCAAUGCAGGAAGCGCUGUAUCUGUAAAGAUAGGACUUCAUCCAUGUCGCUUUGAAAGGCGGAGCAGCAAGGAGAUAGUGUGUGUGACCCCGGCGGGACUAACCUCAGGCAACACCCCAGUCAUGGUGGACAUUAACGCUGCUGAGCUGAGAAACCCAGAGGUCAAGUUCAACUACACAGACGAUCCAACAAUCCUCAAGAUCGAGCCUGACUGGAGUAUCGCCAGCGGAGGAACCAUGUUGACCAUCACUGGAACCAAUCUGGCCACCAUCAAGGAGCCCAAAAUGAGAGCCAAGUAUGGAGCUGCCAAGUCAGAAAAUAACUGCACGGUUGUCAACAACACUGUGAUGGUGUGUCUGGCGCCUUCAGUGGCCGGAUCUGACAAAAGCUUCUCUGAGGCGGGCAGCAGUCCUGAUGAGAUCGGCUUUGUCAUGGAUGACGUGCGCUCUGUGCUGGUGGUAAACGAGACGUUCAGCUACCACCCGGACCCCGUGUUUGAACCUCUGAGCCCCUCAGGCAUGCUGGAGCUGAAGCCCAGCUCACCACUCAUACUCAAGGGUCGUAACCUAAUUCCUUCAGCUCCAGGAAACUCUAAGCUGAACUACACGGUGCUGAUCGGAGAGACGCCCUGCGUUCUCACCCUGUCAGAGAGCCAGCUGCUGUGUGAAUGGCCUAAUCUGACCGGAGAACAUAAAGUCACUGUGCGCGUUGGAGGCUUUGAGUACUCACCAGGGACCUUGCAGAUCUACUCAGACAGCUUGCUCACUCUGCCUGCCAUCAUCGGUAUCGGAGGAGGUGGUGGUCUGCUCCUGCUUGUCAUCAUUGUGGUGCUCAUCGCCUAUAAGAGAAAGUCGAGAGACGCUGACCGCACCCUGAAACGGCUGCAGCUGCAGAUGGACAACCUGGAGUCCAGGGUGGCCCUUGAGUGCAAGGAAGCCUUUGCGGAGCUUCAGACGGACAUCCAUGAACUCACUCAGGAAUUGGACGGAGCAGGAAUCCCCUUCCUGGAGUAUCGCACCUACGCCAUGAGGGUUCUCUUCCCUGGGAUAGAGGACCACCCUGUGCUCAAGGAGAUGGAGGUCCCCGCCAAUGUGGAGAAGGCCUUGACCCUUUUCGGCCAGCUGCUUACCAAAAAGCACUUCCUGCUGACCUUCAUCCGCACCUUGGAGGCACAGCGCUCCUUCUCUAUGCGCGACCGGGGCAACGUGGCCUCUCUCAUCAUGACAGCGCUGCAGGGGGAGAUGGAGUACGCAACGGGUGUCCUCAAACAGCUCCUGUCUGACCUCAUUGACAAAAACCUGGAGAGCAAGAAUCACCCCAAGCUCUUACUCAGGAGGACGGAGUCGGUCGCUGAGAAGAUGCUCACCAACUGGUUCACCUUCCUGCUUUACAAGUUCCUCAAGGAGUGUGCUGGCGAGCCUCUCUUCAUGCUGUACUGUGCCAUGAAGCAGCAAAUGGAGAAGGGACCGAUAGACUCCAUCACAGGAGAGGCCCGCUACUCCCUCAGCGAGGACAAACUCAUCAGGCAGCAGAUUGACUACAAGACUUUGACGCUGCAUUGUGUGAACCCAGAGAACGAGAAUGCUCCGGAGGUGACGGUGAAGAGCCUGAACUGUGACACGGUGACGCAGGUGAAGGAGAAGCUGCUGGACGCCGUGUACAAAGGCACACCAUACUCCCAGAGACCCAAGGCCUCCGACAUGGACCUGGAAUGGCGGCAGGGUAGGAUGGCUCGCAUCAUCCUGCAAGACGAGGACGUCACCACAAAGAUAGACAACGACUGGAAGAGACUCAACACCCUGGCUCACUACCAGGUGACAGAUGGCUCUGUGAUCGCCCUGGUGCCUAAACAGAACUCAGCCUACAACAUCUCCAACUCCUCCACAUUCACCAAGUCCCUCAGCCGAUACGAGAGCAUGCUGAGGACAGCCAGCAGUCCAGACAGCCUGCGCUCACGAACACCCAUGAUCACCCCCGACCUCGAGAGUGGCACCAAACUCUGGCACCUGGUCAAGAACCACGACCACUCGGACCAGAGGGAAGGGGACAGAGGCAGCAAGAUGGUGUCUGAAAUCUACCUGACCAGACUGCUGGCCACAAAGGGUACACUCCAGAAGUUUGUGGAUGACCUCUUUGAGACCAUCUUCAGCACAGCGCACAGAGGAAGCGCUUUGCCUCUCGCCAUCAAGUACAUGUUUGACUUCUUGGAUGAGCAGGCAGACAAACACUCCAUAUCAGAUUCCGAUGUACGGCACACAUGGAAGAGCAACUGUCUUCCUCUGCGGUUCUGGGUGAACGUGAUCAAGAACCCGCAGUUUGUCUUUGACAUCCAUAAGAACAGCAUCACAGACGCCUGCUUGUCUGUGGUGGCUCAGACCUUCAUGGACUCCUGUUCAACAUCGGAGCAUAAACUGGGGAAAGACUCGCCUUCCAACAAGCUGCUUUAUGCUAAAGACAUCCCCAACUAUAAGAACUGGGUAGAGAGGUACUACUCGGACAUCUCCAGGAUGCCGGUCAUCAGUGACCAGGACAUGAGCGCGUACCUCGCAGAGCAGUCGCGCCUGCAUGCAAACCAGUUCAACAGCAUGUCAGCCCUACAUGAGAUCUACUCCUACAUUGUCAAGUACAAGGAUGAGAUCUUGUCAGCGUUGGAGCGGGACGAGCAGGCGAGGAGACAGAGACUGAGGAGCAAGUUGGAGCAGGUCAUCGACACAAUGGCCCUGAGCAGCUGAGGACCAUCCAGCACCUCUAAUCUCCUCUUCUUCUUCACUCCUCAUCUCCAUCUGUCUCUCCCUCUCGCUCCUCUCAUCCGGACAACAAACAAAACUCCAAACCCCCACAACAUGACAGAUGAACUGCAAAAAGACUGAAGCAGUGUACUGUAAACAAGGGUGGGGGGGUUCAGCAGAGAUGGGCGGGCCUGUGUGCGCUUACAUCUGUAUGUGUGUGUUUGUGUGCAGCCCUUAACAGUGUGUGGGCGGUGUCUGUGUGAGAGACUCGGACACCGGACUUGUUCACACACAGACACAUGGAGAAACAUGUCAACUGACAGCAUUAGAUUAUUGUGGACGUUGGUGUUUGUUGUUUGCUUGAUUUUGAUUUUAGGAGUUUUGUUGUACUGACGCCAUGGUCAGGAAAGAAACAAAGGAAACCUGAACAGGAACUCCAUAUAUGGCGUCAUUAGCAGGACAUGAUGAGCCAAUGGAGAGAGGCUCUCAAGGUAAUGUGACUCCACGGGUGUCACAUUUUUAAAGGAUGUUAGUUUUUUUUUGUAUAAAUGUAAUCGACUGCCCACUCUCUGAUCUCUCGCCACUUGUAUUACUGCUGAAUUUGCACAAUUUACAGAAAUGUUACAAAGGAAGACGAUAUAGAUAUUAUAUAAAUACAGCUACAUAAAAAAACAAGAUUAGAGAGAAAACAUUUUUGGUUGUUCUUUUUUCAUUUUGAGCCAACAAACACAAAACAA